UUGCACCAUGCUGAGCCGAUCUUUGUGCCUCCUGAGCAGUUUUUGGCUAGUGGCAGCUGAGCCGGCGACGGCGUUUGAGGAGUAUGGAUGUCCAACUUCUGAACUGCACUUUCGUUUAGAGAAUGAUUUCGUGGUGAGCAUUUCUCCCUUUCGACACGCUGACGAAACGAAGUGGGACUCAAAGUGGCUAAGCACCUGGACGCAGAACAACACCAAGUGCCUGAAGACGGCGUUCUUCCGCCACGGGGUGCUCCUCUUCCGUGGUUUUGAAAUUCUGGAGCCCCUGGCGUUUGAAGAGGUGGCACUUUCUCUGGUACCCAACCUAGAGAAGGCAUAUUUGGGCACGUCUCCUAGGAGUCAAAUCAAUGGUACCUCCUAUGUCUUCACUGCAGCGGAUUUCAGUCCACAUCGGACAGUGCCGGUUCACAUCGAGAUGUCCUUCCGUGACAGCCCGCCGGCCACGCAACUCUUCUACGCCCAGCAGGUGGACCAAUGGAAAGGCGGCGAAACCCCGUUGACCGAUUUCCAGGCUGUUUGGAAGCAGCUCUCAUCGGAUCCCCAGCUCAGUGCCAGCUUCGCUGGGAAGAUGAAGUACCUCCGCAACCUGGACGACUGCAACUCCACUUCGCUUCUGGAUCCGCUGGUUCAGAAAUGCUGGCAAAAGAUGUUCAAGGACAAGGAGGACGCGCGUGAGAAAUGUGCGGAAGAAAACUUCAACUGCACCUGGGACUCUUUCAACAGACUGACCAUUCGCAAUGCGCAGCCCUUCAUUCGAGCACACCCAGUCACGGGCGAGCCGAUUUGGUACAAUCAUAUCAACGUCUUGCACGGUCAAAUGAUGCCCAAAGACUAUGCGCGCACCGCAAGCCUAUGGAGCGGUCUUGCCAAGCUGUGGCCAAUGGCGCUCUCUUUCUAUUACAGGCUACUUUUCAGCUUUUUUGGCCUCUUCUUCCCUGAGACAGCAAUGGGCUCGACGGUCCUGAAGGAGAAUGGCGAAGCUUUUACUACAGAAGAGCUUACAGCCAUGAAAGCGGCCAUACAUCAGCACACUUUUAAUCAUGCUUACAAACGGAGUGACAUUGUCAUGGUGGACAACCAUCGCAUUGGGCACGGCCGAGAGAUCUACCUCGGCCCCAAGACCUCGCGAAUGAUCUACACCGCUUGGUCAGAUCAUUAUCCUCCCGCCUGGAAGGAGGUCGGGGAGGUCUCCGGCGAAUGCUCAAGCGGUGUGAACUGAGCAGUGAAACACUCGUUGAGUGAACCGUUGAUCCGUUCAUUAAAAAUGCAGCUCAACCAUUGCAUCCAAAAUUGCAUCCCAAAACGGGGGUUGAACAUGC